AUGGGUCAACAAGCAUCCGUCCCUAAGGCCGGCGCAGAGCUUCAAGUCAUCGGUGCUGGUCUCCCGCGAACCGGAACCGCAUCAUUCAGCGCCGCCCUUGAAAUCCUUCUGGACGGGCCUACCUACCACGGCGGCACUCAAAUCUCACGAGGUGCACCCAUCGAAGUCAAAUCAUGGAUCAAGGCCUUACAAUACUGGAUCAAGGGAGACUCGGCCAGUCGUGUCGAGAUGCAGAAGAUUGUUCGACAACGAUUAACCGGCUACACAGCCGUCACCGAUGCGCCAUGCUCAGAGUUUGUCCCGGAGCUUCUUGAAAUAUAUCCCGAUGCCAAAGUCAUUUGUACCACACGCGAUCCGAUCGCUUGGGAAAAGAGCAUGGUUCAAUUGCAAAGCUUGGCGAUGGCCUGGUUUCUACGUGCGGUGCUGCUUCCGCUGCCGGCAAUGAGGCAUUUCGUGGGGUAUACCGAUCUUCUGGCUAUACAGUGGAAGCGGCUGUAUGGUCCUGAUGCUGGGAGUCACGGUCGUGAGACAUAUGCCAAACAUAUUGCUUGGCUUAAGGAGACUGUCCCUGAGGAUCGUCUUGUGCUGUUCGAUGUCAAGGAUGGAUGGGAGCCUUUGUGUAAAGCACUUGGAAAGGAGGUUCCGAAGGAUAUUCCGUUCCCGCGGAUCAAUGAUUCGGAAGAGAUCAAUCGCACGGCUCAAUAUCAUAUCCAGCAGGGCUUGAAGCGAUGGGGAGUGAUCCUAGCUGGUGUGGCUGUUGCCGUGGGGGUCUAUGUGAAGGUAGUUUAG